AUGUCGGUGUCUGAAGUAAAACAAAGUGAGGUGUAUUGCAUAUGCCGAUCUAGUGAUUGCAGUCGAUUUAUGAUCGCUUGUGACAAUUGCGGAGAAUGGUUUCACGGUGAAUGCGUAGAUGUAGAUUCAGAUGAAGCGGAUAAUAUAGAUUUAUUUUUUUGUGACCUAUGCAGAAUAAAGCAUCCGAACUUGAAAAUCACGUACAAGAAGCACAACUCUAAACGUAGUAAGCGAAAACGUUGUAAGAAAAAAAAGAAGCAACUUAUAAAAAAGCUGGAAGACAAUUCCCAACACUUGGAUGUUAAACAAGUGAACGCGAUUCAACUGGAUGAUAACAUUGUUCAAUCUAAAAGUACUGUGCUGGCUGAAGGCACUGUACAGUCCGAAGUCACUGUUCAGCCGGAAGUCACUGCACAGUCUGAAGUCACUGUCCUGUCUGAAGUUGUCGUCCAACCUGUAGUUUCUAACCAGUUUGAAGUCGCUGAUCUGUCUGAUGUCGCUGUCCAGUCUGAAGUUACUAUCCCGUCUGAGGUAACUGUCCAAUCUGAAGGUACUAUCAAUCCUUCAAAAUCUCCACUGCGUUGCGUCACCAACAGAAAAUCUGGGCGCAAUAGAACGCGAUCAGACAGAAGCAAGAAGAAUAAUUGUCUCUUCCACUGUUACGGACCUGGAUGCACUAGGGCUGCUCGCCAAGAUUCCAAAUAUUGUAGUGAUGAUUGUGGUAAAAAACUUGCUACACACCGUCUCCUCGAAAUUUUGCCGCUGAGGGUUCAGCAGUGGAAGGCGCACCCUUCAGCAGCAGAUGACAUUUAUAGAAAAAAGUUAAUAGACAUACGCAAGCAAAUUCAAGAAACACAGAAGCGAUUGGUUGGCAUUGAAACAGACAUCAACAAACUAGAAAGUUUAAUCUGUAAAUCGAGACAUUCGCCCGACAAAAUGGUUUGCCUUCCGGAGAGUGAUGACGACUCGACGUUGCACUGCUUCAUAUGUGGAAUAGAGGUAGCCACCAAGACCGCCAUCAGACACUUCGAUUCUUGCUUUAAGCGCGAAGAUCGACACUUGCAGGCCACUUCGAAUUCGAACGACGAGGACUGGAACAUUUUCUGCAACCACCGGAUGGGCAAACAGAACUUCUGCAAGAAGCUGCGCGUGCUCUGCCCUCUGCACUACAGAGAGUCAAAAAAGCCAGACGAUCUUUGCGGUUGUCCGCUUCCAGGACAGACGGACCAGUUCUGUGGCUAUACUGCGAAACGGUGCAACUCCCACGUCGGUUGGGAGGAGGCGUCCCGUGCACACCUCGAUAUGGAGAAGUUUAGACACUUGACUUUGCUGGGUAAGCUCAAAGAAGAAGAGAUGCAGGUGGUCUUCAACAUGGCUGCCAGGGGAGGUGUACUCAACAUGAUGCUGCACGAGACGGUUGUUCACUGA